AGCGUUGCAGUGUGGUGGAACAGACGCGGAGAGAGAGGGAGCGACUGAAGGGGAGAGACUCGACCUGGGUGACCGCUCUGGACGAACAGCACCCCCGCUACCUCCCCGACACACUCACCGGCACACCAGCAUCACCAGCCUCGGUCCGGAUGACCCUCAGUGAGUGACAAAUGUGUGAGAAAGCAGAGAACCCCUUUCCUCUCCCAGUGGAAAUCUGAGUUCUGGGACACUGAGGCAGCCGGUGGGGGUCUCUGAGGAAGAUGCUGGGUUCAGAGCGCGGUGUUGUAGAAGAAUGGCUCUCAGAAUUCAAGUCCUUACCAGAAACCCAGAUCCCCAGCUACGCCGGCAGCCUUCAUCUGAAGAAGUCCCUGGUGCAAGCUCUCUACAGAGUCAUCCAGGACCCCAACAAUGAGCUGCUGGAGCCGGUGUGCCACCAGCUGUUUGAGCUGUACCGGAGCUCUGAAGACGGCCUGCGGCGCUUCACCCUGCAGUUCCUGCCUGAGCUGGUGUGGGUAUAUCUACGGAUCACGGCCAGCAGGGAUCGUCAGAGCAAUGGCUGCAUUGAGGCGCUCCUCUUGGGCAUAUAUAACCUGGAGAUCGUGGACAAAGACGGCAACAGCAAGCUCCUGGCCUUCACAAUCCCAUCUCUGUCCAAACCAUCAAUAUAUCAUGAGCCUUCUAGUCUGGGGUCCAUAGCGCUGACAGAGGGGGCUCUGUGUCAACAUGACCUGCUCAGAGUGGUGUACAGCGGCCUCCACCCACAGAGAGAGACCUUCACGGCUCAGAACAGGUUUGAAGUGCUGUGUUUCCUGAUGCUCUGCUACAACUCUGCUGUGGUGUACAUGCCCCUCUCCUCCUAUAAGUCGGUCUGCAGAAUGAGCUCAAGGUUGUGUGUAUGUGGCUUCCCUCGGCAGCAACAGAAGCUUUGGCGGGAACCAUGCAACCGAGUGCUGCUGGACCCUGAGUUCAUGGUGCAGAUGCUGACUGCCGUGUAUCAUGCCAUAUACAAUGGAGAAUGGGAGAUGGGGCGGGAAGCUCUGGAGGACAUUCUGUACAGAGCUCAGCUGGAGCUUUACUCCCAACCUCUCCUGCUGGGAAACGCCAUGAAGAACUCGCUGCCAGAAUGUGCUCCCAACGAGUCACAGGGGCGCAAAGUGCUCCAAGUGGAGGUGACGCCCACCGUUAGCCGCAUCUCCAUCUCAGCCAUCACAACUGCCUCCAUACGGCGCCACCGCUGGAAAAGAGAGGAUUGUUUUGACUACUCAGCCGAUGCAGAGUUGAGCUUCAUCGUCAAUCCUCCUAGCCCAGUCCACCACCACCGCCACACUCCCUGGGACGCAGCAGCCAAAGAAGAAAGACGAGGGCGAGCUCACAGCCACCGCAGCGGCAGCAGCAUCAUUCCCCCGAUCACACUUGAGGAUGCUGAUGGCAUGAGCGGUGGGGAAGAUUCCUUCAACGUCAACGACCCAGACGAGGGUUUCUCCUCCGGGGCUUCCAACAGCAGCCAGCCCAGCGGCAUCAAGGCGAGCGGCAGCGUGGGGCCGCGGGGCGGCAGCCUGAACAGCAGCAGCAGCAGCAUCAAGAAAGCCAUCACAGCCCGGCUGUCACGGGACAAGGAGAGGGAGAGGGAGAGGGAUCGAGAGAGAGCAGCAGAAAAACAGGCCGAAUCGUCUACUGACCACCAGGCAGCUGUGAGGAGACAUCACCAGAGGCAGCAGUCGCCUCCAGCCAGCAUCACCUUGGAUUCCAUCCAGCUGAGCCCCAUAAAGAAGAACCUGAGCUUCCCUGUCGGCCCCACACUGGUGCGGACUGGAAGCACCUCCUCCAGUAAGUCUUUUGACUGCAUGAAUUUCAACAUGAACGGAGGCAAGGACGAGCCAGAGGAGGCACUGGGAGGCUCAGACAAGGAAGGGGAGCGUCCGGCAGGCGGCUCCCACCGCCACUCCACCAUUAGCCUGCAGGAGGAGCACCUGGUCAGGCCAGAGGAUGCACAGGACCUCCUGUCUCCUGGAGCUCCCCUCACCAAGCAGUCCCGGUCCCCCAGCUUCAACAUGCAGAUCAUAUCACAGGUCUAACAUGCAGUGCAGGGCAUAAUACACACACACACACACACACAAAACCUAACCAUAAAGGCGAUUUCCCACCGAACAUGGUGUGAUUUCAUACAGAGUGAACCGAGUUGAGAUAUUUUUAUCUCGGGCGUCAAAUUAGCGUAAUGCGAUGUUUCCUCAUCCAAUCAGCGCUGAGAAUGAAACACCGCCGUGGCCCUGGGACCGACCCGAGUUAGAGAGUGAUCAGACAGUUCACUACUCCGCCUCAGGUGGCCUUGGAAACCACAGUCAACCAGACCAAGCGCCUGUAGGAGCCGGUGACAGUCCCCGAGCUGUGUGCUAUUCUGGGUGGGCUUGUGGACCCACACACAACAGCGCUGGGUGCCCCGGUGUUUCCACGGUGUGCACGCGAUUAACCCGAAUGAUUGUGUGUGUGUGUGUGUGUGUGUGUGUGUGUGUGUGUGUGUGUGUGUGUGUGUGUGUGUGUGUGUGUGUGUGUGUGUGUGUGUGUGUGUGUGUGUGUGUGUGUGUGUGUGUGUGUGUGUGUGUGUGUGUGUGUGUGUGUGUGUGUGUGUGUGUGCAAACUCUUUCAUCAUCCAUUAAAUAAAAAUUGGCCUGCAGUUACUGAGAACACAACAAGAAAAGUAGUAAAAUCAUAACAGCCUACUUCUGUAACCACAGUGGAGCAUUAAAGAGUCACUGCUCUCUUCUUGGAGAGAAAAGUCGUAAGGAAGCCACGCUAGCUGAAGGGGAAGUAUGACCUUUCAGAAUUUUCUUCAGUUCAUGAAUCAGCAAUAACACUUAUCGUUGCUCAUGUGGAGAAUAGUUCUCUUCAUUCCUUCCCUGUCAUUCCCGGGCUCACGUGCAAUCGUUCUUGCUGAUUAUCUUCCUUCUUAAUUGCUGUUUGAUGAAAAUGGUUUUACGGGGGGAAAUAAAUCUUUAAAUCUUUAGUAAAUAACAAUCCAAAGAAGAUAGAUUUUGUUUUUGUUUUCGUUCACUUUGCUGAUGUCAGAUUUUGUCGGAUCCAAAUGAUUCUCAGCCCAUGACUUACAUUUUAUUGUGAAAAUUAUAAUAAUUAUGAUCGGAUUUGAUCCAUAACACUUUUAAGAUUGUUGUUCAACCAAACUGGAAUGUGAUGAGGGUUUGUCUUGCCCCAGACUUUCAACCAGGCAAAUCACGACUGUGCAGCUACAGGAGGAAAGAAUUCCUCUUGUGAUUUGAUAUAAAACCUAAAACUUGAGUAGGAACUGGAUAAAACAAUUGAGAAGGUGCAGGUUUGUGUCUGAAGCUAAAGGCAAUGGCUGUAUUUUAUAUUGGGAUUGUUUUUUUUCUGGUUUAAACCGUUGCAAUCUGAAAGCACUUGUUGGUGUUGAGGCUUGUGAUUGGCGUUGUCUCUGAUUCGUUGAAUUUGCCGCUGGAAGCUCGUACUAGUCCCGGUGCAUCACGAUAACCAUGACGGUUGUCUUGUGCUCUGAUUGGAUGCUCAUGAAACAUUUUGUUCUACCUCAUUGUGUGUUCACCUGCCACUCCGACACCUGUCUCCCGAUCAGAUGCAGGAUUAAAGACCCCAUUAGGUUUGAAACCGGAGCACUCGACCUGUAUAGCGAGGGACCAAUAUGGUUUCACACUGCAGCUGUAACGACACUGAAGAAUCGGUUCUGACUGAAUUUCUGGUCAACGCAUUUCAGUUCAAUCACAUUGUGCACAAGCUCGCGCUGCAAAACGAGAACACAACCUCUGUCUUCAGGUUUUCACAUUCUCUGUCAUAUAUCAAACAACCACACGGGGGGUUAACCUGAUAAUUUACCAAGAGAAAUGUCCUGCUUAUCUUUUUAUUUAUGUAAUGAUUUUCAAAGUGCAAUUUUGUUCUCCUCACGUGCAUGGAGUUGGAUCUUCUCUGCUGAUAAAUGCCUGCAUCUGCGCACAGCGCUAGCUAGCCUUCUGUAGUGCUCCCUGCCCAGACUGAGCGGUUUUAAAACUUGUCUGCUUGGCUGCAUGUUUCGUUCCCUGCAAAGCACUGCUGUUUUUUUUAGAUGCGUGAUUUACGGCCAACAAGUCAAACCCAAGUCUCGUCUUCUGCCAGAUGUGCCAACACACAUCCUCUUAAUCUUUUUUCGCUUGGGUGUCUUAAGUUAAAAAUGCCUUUUUUUCUGUUUACUUGUCUUAUUUUAAAUUUAAGGCACAAAAAAAGGGAUGUUUGGACGUGUGGCUCAACGUGCCCUUAGAUGCGGCUUCACCUUUUUUGCCAUGAACCAUCUUUUCACUCGUCACUCGUGUGUGCGACACACUGUACUUUCACAAUCAUUACUAAGCUUUGCUGUUCACGUUAAAAAGCAGUAUAGUAAGCGUCUGUGUACUGUAGCCGUCAGCUGUUGUAUUGCAUUUCCCCGAGUCUUGCUUACGUGCUCGUUGAAAACGAGGGUGAAUGAUUAAUGUAUAUAAAAGUCAGUUCAGUCUGCAGUGAAAAUGUCACACACUCGCGCCCCUGCUGUGCUGAAAAGCCGUCACACGGCCAUUGCUCCUUUGUGCUCGUCCACCUCAAACGUUUCAGGCCAAUCAGUGUAUGAUUGCUGGCUCUUUGGCCUCACAACGCUCCUCCUCCUCCUCUUCCUCCUCCUGCUGGACUGGACUGCGGAAGAAGAAGAAGAGUGCAGUUCACGCUCUCACCUGGUCUGUCUGCCGUCAUCCUCUGUGCUGUGUGGCUCCCAGCGGGCCGUGUUACCAUUUGCUGUAUUUUGCCGUGAGUUGAGUGGCACCUCUUUGCUGUUUUUAAAACUGGUGACGUGUUCGUGUCAUUAAUAUACGAGUGCCCCUGACUGAGAUUUACCAGCAGCCAUGUUGGUACUGUAUGUUGACUUAGAGUUAUCCCUCAGUGUCUGGUGUUAUUUGCAUGUGAUCAGGGCGGGAAAUGAACGCCGGCUAGCACACGUCUGAUUGGCUGUGGCUGAAUAUUUUAUUUUCCAUAAAGUUUUGGAAGAAUUAUCAGCUCAGAAAUCCUCACAUGGUCCACUGACAUUUCAAAAAACAGGAAACCUCGUACCAGGUCAGCUGUAGCUGCUGGUGGACAACGUUCAUUUCCUGUCCUGCAUGUGAUAACUGUGGGCUUUGUUUUCAUACAGUAUAAUGCACUUUAAUCCAUCCACCUCUCUCCUCAAGAUAGUUAUAAAUGAUAUAUAUAUAUAUAUAGAUGUGCAAAUGUGUAUACACUAAAUGCAGGGUUUAAGUCUCUUUAAAGUAGUACUUCUAUGUUAUGUCACAUCCAACACAAUGCUAUUUUUGUUAGUCCAAGGGUACAGCUAUCUAUUUUUAUUUUUUCAUUUCAAAACCAAAAAAAAAAUGUUCCGUGGUCUGGAAGGUCUCAGGAGAUUAUCAAAAUGCCACAUUUCAAAACGGCAGCACCAAAAUUUCUGUUCUUGAAGUCAGAAUUGAUUCUAUGCAACAUGUUUUCCCCAUUUUGUUUCCCUUUUUGUUUUCGGUUCUCGUGUAUGGGCUCUCAUUAAUCCUUAUCGGGUGGGAUGGGGCUGAUGCGUUUAAGCUGAUAUUUAAGGUGCGAGUCCUCAACAGCAUCCUCAUUCAACAGAUCCGUUUGUACACCCUGCUGUGGUGCCACAGAGCAAGCACCUCUCAUGUGGGUCAAAUACGAGUGAAAGCCACGUGUGGACUUCUGAUGCAUGUUGAGCCCUCAUGUCCGUUUGCUCCUCUGUGGCUCAAAGACGUCGGCCAGUGUAUGAAAUGUAAACAGACGAUCAGUGAUGAAUCUAAUAUUGAUGCUUCGAGGGAAGCUGCUGUAACAUGUGAUAACACUGUACCACUGCUGUUGUAUAAAUGGAAAGAAAGACUUAUUUUAAAUCUUGUAAAUAUCGAAUGUACAAAGGUGAGAGCAAGGUAAAUUUAAAAAAAACAACCGAGGAUCAGUCUGAUAUGUAGGGAGAAAUUAAUCUGUAUAUUGUUGAAUAAAUAUUGUGCCGUAAGGGA